GAACCAAAAAUUCAAACUCCCAAGCGACUAUUGACCGCUCAAAUAUCCUCCCAGCCGAUCGUCACCGUCCGAACUGAUACCCUCUCCCAGCCUCUCUCUUCAACUACCUUUCUCUCUCUCUUUCCCCCUAACUCCCCCAACUAUUUUCCUUCUCUCUCUCUGUCGAACUCGGAACACUGCAGAAGAAAAUCCCUCCGCCAGAGAGCGAAAAUGGUGUCCAAAGUCAUCAAGAAAACUCCGACCAAAACCAUUAAAGAUUGCCGCAGCCGUCGCCGGAAGAAGUCACCGUUGAAGAGCGUCGCGAAGGCCUCGUCGAUCGUCCUCUCCUCGAUCAACAACUCGUUCUUCACAUGCCAGCGUCGUCUCAUCAAGCUCUUCACUAAGCUCGCUCGUAUCAGCACCCCAAAUCGUCGCAAACAAGGGUUUCAUCUGCUUAAGAAGUUUCCCCAAGAAGACGAACAACAACCAGAGAAUGAAAUGGGUCUGGUCCGUCGGGUUCUCACAUUCGGAAAAUACCUUCCUCCAUUGCCAUGGCCCGAGAAAAAGACCAUUUUUCUGGACCUGGAUGAGACUUUGAUUCAUUCCAACCCGGACCCACCGCCGGAGAAGUACGAUUUCAUUGUGCGGCCGUCGAUCGGAGGGGAGACGAUGAAUUUCUACGUGUUGAAGCGUCCGGGCGUCGAUGAGCUGUUGGAAGCCAUCGGAGGGAAGUUCGAGAUCGUCGUGUUCACGGCAGGAUUGAAGGAAUACGCGUCUCUGGUUCUUGAUAAGAUUGACCCGAAGGGGCUAAUCUCUCAUCGGCUCUACAGAGAUUCGUGCAAGGAAAUGGAUGGGAAGUUCGUGAAGGACUUGUCUGAAGUGGGGAGAGAUCUGAAGAGGGUAGUGAUUGUAGAUGACAAUCCGAAUGCAUACGUUUUCCAGCCUGAGAACGCACUUCCUGUGCGUCCGUUUAUCGAUGAUCUUCAGGAUCAGGAGCUUCGAAGAGUGAUCAAGUUUUUCGAAGUUGCCGAUGGGUUCGAAGAUAUGAGGGAUGCGGUCAAGAAUUUUCUCUCCGCUGGAGAUGAGAAUGCCGAUUUGUUAUCUUCUUCUACAUUUCUUAAUUGAUUUCUCUUAUUUUUUUUACUGUGAAAAAAUGUAAUUCUAUGAACAGCAGCGUUCAUUCAUUUACCAGAGAAAAAUUAAGAAAAAAAACAAAAGAUAUUUUUUA